AAAAUAUAUAACAUUUAAUUAUUUUAUCUAUUUAUUUAUUUAUUUAUUUAUUAAUUAUUGUAUCACUACAAUUGUACAUAAACUAAAACAAAAACCUUUUUUUAUUUAUUUUGUAAUCAAAAAACAUUAUCAGUAAAUUUAUUAUAAUAAAAUUAAUAAAUUAAUAAAUAAAUAAAUUGUUUUUUAAAACUAAACAUCUCUAAAAUAUAGUAAAAAUACAUAUAUUGUAAUAAUAAAAAUAAAAAAGAGAGAAUAUAUGUUUUAAUAAAAUGGGGGAUUACAUUAAAUUAGAAGUCCUAGAUUCUAAGCAAAAUGAUAAUAAUAAUAAAAAUAUAGCAGACGGAGCAUCAAUACCGACAUCUAAAAAAGCGAUUUUUAGCAUUCAAGGUAUGACUUGUUCGUCAUGUGUUGGCAUUAUAGAAAGCUUUGUAUCGAAUUGCGAGGGUGUUAUAUCGAUUCAAGUAGCAUUACUUCAAGAAACAGCAGAGGUUAGAUUUAAUCCUCAAAUUUUAAGUGAGGAUGACAUUAUAGAGCAAAUUGAAACAGUUGGAUUCGAAGCAAAACAUUUACAGCAAGCAGAAAAUAACACAGUAACAUUAUUAAUUGGAGGUAUGACAUGUACAUCGUGUGUUGGUAUUAUAGAAAGUUUUGUAUCAGGCGUUGACGGUGUUGUAGAUAUUAAAGUAAAUUUAGCAAUGGAAACAGCAAGAGUCGUUUAUGACCCAGAUUCAACAGGUGUUAGAGAUAUUAUUAAAGCAAUUGAAGACGUUGGUUUUACAGCUCAAGUUCCUUCCCAUGAUAUGGAUCAAUCAAAAAAUUUACAACAUGAAGAGUCUGAAAGAUUAAGAAAAACUUUAAUUUUGAGUUUUAUGUUUACAUUACCAGUAUUUGUUAUUGGUAUGAUACCAGGAUUUGGAUGGUUAUUUAAAAUAUAUGUUAUAAACAAUUUAAAUUUUGCAGAUUUUAUAAUGUUACUAUGUGCUACACCUGUACAAUUUUUCGUAGGACAAAGAUUUUAUAAAAAUGGUUACAAAUCGUUAAAACAUGGUGGAGCAAAUAUGGAUGUAUUGGUAGCUUUAGGUACUAGUUGUGCAUAUUUUUAUAGUAUAAUGGUUAUGUUAAUGGAUCUUUUCGAUACUACACCACCAGAUACAACAGCAAUGGGUGGAAUGAAAACAUUUUUCGACACAUCAGCAUCGUUAAUCACUUUUAUUUUAUUAGGCAAAUAUUUGGAAAUUAUAGCAAAAGGUAAAACAUCAGAGGCCAUUAAGAAACUUAUGUCCCUUCAAGCAACAAAAGCAACAUUAACCACAAUAGAUGAAAAUGGUAAAAUUUUAGAAGAACGUGAAAUAGAUAUCGAUUUAGUUCAAAGAGGUGAUCUCUUAAAGGUAUUACCAGGUAGUAAAAUACCAACCGAUGGUAUUGUUUAUCAAGGUCAAUCUCACAUUGACGAGUCUAUUAUUACCGGUGAAAGUUUACCAGUUUCAAAAAAGAAGGAUGAUAAAGUUAUUGGUGGUACCGUCAAUCAAAAAGGUGUUUUAAUAAUCAAGGCCACAAGAGUCGGAAGCGAAACAAGUCUUUCUCAAAUCAUUAGAUUGGUUGAAAAGGCCCAAACUGAAAGAGCUCCAAUUCAAUCUUUAGCCGAUAAAGUUAGUGGUUAUUUUGUUCCAACUGUCAUCUCAUUAGGUUUUUUAACAUUUUUCGUUUGGUUAUUUGCUGGUAUGUCAGGUUCUAUCGAUUCAUAUAUAGAUUCAUAUAAAACCACAGUAUUCCAAUUUGCCCUUAGAAAUGCUAUCUCUGUUAUUGUUAUUGCAUGUCCAUGUGCUUUGGGUUUAGCUACACCAACUGCUGUAAUGGUUGGUACCGGUAUAGGUGCACAAAAUGGUAUUUUAAUUAAAGGUGGCAGUCAUUUAGAAACUGCUCAUAAAAUUUCAGCUGUAAUUUUCGAUAAGACUGGCACUCUCACUACAGGUAAACCAAUUGUAUCAACUACAGGUGUUUUCGGUAAAUCUUUUGCAAAGAAGACAUUUUUCCAAUUAGUAGCAUCAGCAGAAGCAGCAAGCGAACAUCCUUUAGCAGGUGCAAUCGUAAACUAUGCUUUCGAAGUUUGUGAUGUCCAAUCAACCACUUCACCAACAUUUUUUGAAUCAGUUACAGGUUGUGGUAUCAGAGCUACCGUACAAAAUGUAGAGAUUAUGAUUGGAAGUUUGAAGUGGAUUAUGGGCGAAGGUAUUAAUUUGCAUUCCAAUCCAGAGAUUGUCGAUGUUCCAGAGAUUGAAGAUUCAGUUCGUCGUUUAGAGUCUGAUGGUAACACUGUUGUAUAUGUAGUUUUAAAUCAUCAAAUUUGUGGUUUCAUUGCAAUUUCCGAUCAAUUAAAACCAGAAGCCAGAGCCACCGUUACAGCCCUUAAAAAAUUAGGUAUAUUCCCAUGGUUGGUAACUGGUGAUAAUCCAAGAACUGCCAAUGCCAUUGCUCAACAAGUCGGUAUAACCCAAGUUUUCGCAGAGGUAUUACCAUCUAAUAAAUCUAAAAAGGUUUUAGAAUUAAAGAAACAAGGUAAUGUUGUAGCAAUGGUUGGUGAUGGUAUUAAUGAUAGUCCUGCAUUGGCCGAGGCUGAUGUUGGUAUUGCCAUUGGUGCUGGUACAGAUAUCGCUAUUGAAGCUGCUGAUAUUGUACUUGUCAAGAGUGAUCUAAGAGAUGUAAUUACCGCUAUUAGUUUAUCAAAAACCACUUUCCAACGUAUUCGUUUCAAUUAUUUAUGGGCAACCGUUUAUAAUAUUUUAGGUAUUCCUUUAGCUGCUGGUAUCUUAAUACCAUUCGGUAUAAGCAUUCCACCAAUGAUGGCGGGUUUAGCUAUGGCAUUCUCAUCGAUCAGUGUAGUUUUGUCUUCAUUACAUUUAAAAACCUAUAAAAAACCAGAAAUUCCAAUUAUCGAGGGCUCCGAAUUUGAAUCCAAUCGUAUCGAAAACGAAAGACAAAGAAAUUUAUUCAAAAAGAGCAAAAUUAUUUUUGAACCAAUUAUUAAUAGUAUUCAAAAAGAUAGUAGUAGUAAUGGUAAAAUCGAAAAAAUUUCAUUAUUAGCAAGUGAUGAUAUGGUUUAAUUUAAUUAAUCAGUUACAAUAAUAAUAAAUAUAAUAUUAAAAAAAUAAUAAUAAUAAUAAAAAAAAAAAAAACUAUAAGGGAAACAAAAUAAUUUAUUGUUUUUCCCAAUCUUAUUUAUUU